AUGGCCACCUCCGGCUCCUACACCACCACGCCCCUCACGCGCAUCGUCUGGGGGCCCGGCUCGCUCUCGCAGCUGCCCGAGCUGCUCGAUGCACUGCCGCACGUGUCCGGCAGCACGAGCAGCGACGGCCCACGCCGCGCCCUUAUCCUCACCGGCAACAGCCUCGCCAACAAGACCGACGUGAUCCGCCGUGCCGAGCAGGCCCUGGGCCCGCGCCACGCCGCCACCUUCACGGGCAUCGGCGAGCAUGCGCCGGUGGAGGGCAUCAAGGAGGCCGUACGCCUGAUGGAGCAGCACGGCGCCACGGCGCUUGUUGCCAUCGGCGGCGGCUCGCCCAUCGACGCCGCCAAGGCCGUCAGCUUCUACAUCCACCGCGAGUCGGCGCACGCCGACAACGACGACGAGCGCAGCUUCGUGCCGAUCAUCGCCGUGCCCACGACGCUCUCGGCCGCCGAGACGACGCAGAACGCCGGCUUCAAGGAGAACAACAAGAAGACGGGCGUGUCGCACCGCUCCCUCGUGCCGCGCGUGCUGCUGCUCGACGGCGACGUGACGCGCCACACGCCCGAGCGCCUCUGGCUCAGCACGGGCAUGCGUGCCGUCGACCACAGCAUCGAGCUGCUCUACCGUCCCGACGUCUCGCCGCUGCUGCGCGGCACGUGGCUCAUGGCCAUGCGCGAGCUCUUCACGCUGCUCCCGCUCUCCAAGGCGCAGCCGGACAACGUCGACGUGCGCCAGCGCCUGCAGCUCGCCGCCAUCGCGAGUCUCUGGCCCGAGAGCCGCAAGGGCGCGCUGGGCCUCAGCCAUGGCCUCGGCCACGCUCUCGGCGCAACGUACAAGAUCGGACACGGCAUCACCUCCUGUCUCACGCUCGGUCCCGCGAUUCAGCUCACAGCCGCGCUGCCCUCCACGGGCGCUGAGCAGCUCUUGGCACUAGCAGACGCCCGUGCCUUCAUCCCGGCGCCCUUCGCCACGCCCGUGCCCAUCGGCGCCACGCCCAGCUCGCUGCUGCAGGGCAAGCCCGACCUCGACGCAGCACGCAAGCAGGGCAAGGAGGUCGGCGAGGCCGUGCAGAAGCUUGUGUGA